AUGCUGCGCACCGCUCUGCCCCUGCUCGGGCUGCCGCUGGUGGGGGCCGAGGUGGCCGAAGAACCCACCCAAGAGCCCCGGGCGCCGAGCGAGCCUCCUCCGGGCUUGGCGCUCUUCCGCUGGCAGUGGCACGAGGUGGAGGCGCCCUACCUGGUGGCCCUGUGGAUCCUGGUGGCCAGCUUGGCCAAAAUUGUGUUUCACCUGUCUCGGAAGGUGACGUCUCUGGUUCCCGAGAGCUGCCUGCUGAUCUUGCUGGGCCUGGUGCUCGGGGGCAUUGUCUUGGCUGUGGCCAAGAAAGCUGAGUAUCAGCUGGAGCCUGGCACCUUCUUCCUCUUCCUACUGCCUCCUAUCGUGCUGGACUCCGGCUAUUUCAUGCCCAGCCGGCUGUUCUUUGACAACUUGGGCGCCAUCCUCACUUAUGCUGUGGUGGGCACCCUCUGGAAUGCCUUCACCACGGGAGCCGCCCUCUGGGGCCUGCAGCAGGCUGGACUUGUGGCCUCUAGGGUGAGGGCUGGCUUGCUGGACUUCCUGCUGUUUGGGAGCCUCAUCUCGGCUGUGGACCCCGUGGCCGUGCUGGCUGUCUUUGAGGAGGUGCACGUCAACGAGACCCUCUUCAUCAUCGUCUUUGGGGAGUCUCUGCUCAAUGAUGCAGUCACUGUGGUGCUGUACAAGGUCUGCAACUCCUUCGUGGAGAUGGGCUCUGCCAAAGUGCAGGCCACUGACUACCUGAAGGGAGUCGCCUCCCUGUUUGUGGUCAGUCUGGGCGGGGCAGCCGUGGGCUUAGUCUUUGCCUUCCUCCUGGCCCUGACCACACGCUUCACCAAGCGGGUCCGCAUCAUCGAGCCGCUGCUGGUCUUCCUCCUCGCCUACGCCGCCUACCUCACUGCUGAGAUGGCUUCGCUCUCCGCCAUUCUCGCGGUGACCAUGUGUGGCUUGGGCUGUAAGAAGUACGUAGAGGCCAACAUCUCCCAUAAGUCGCGCACGGCUGUCAAGUACACGAUGAAGACUCUGGCCAGCUGUGCUGAGACCAUCAUCUUCAUGCUGCUGGGCAUCUCGGCGGUGGACUCCUCUAAGUGGGCCUGGGACUCUGGCCUGGUGCUGGGCACCCUCGUCUUCAUCCUGCUCUUCCGAGCCCUUGGCGUAGUCCUGCAGACGUGGGUGCUGAAUCAGUUCCGGCUGGUCCCACUGGACAAGAUUGACCAGGUGGUGAUGUCCUAUGGGGGCCUGCGGGGGGCUGUCGCCUUUGCUCUUGUCAUCCUACUGGACAGGACCAAGGUCCCUGCCAAGGACUACUUUGUGGCCACCACUAUUGUGGUGGUCUUCUUCACAGUCAUCGUGCAGGGCUUGACCAUCAAGCCGCUGGUCAAGUGGCUGAAGGUGAAGAGAAGCGAGCAUCACAAGCCCACCCUGAACCAGGAGCUGCAUGAGCACACUUUUGACCACAUUCUGGCUGCAGUGGAGGACGUUGUGGGGCACCAUGGCUAUCACUACUGGAGGGACAGGUGGGAGCAGUUUGACAAGAAGUACCUGAGUCAGCUGCUGAUGCGGCGGUCAGCCUACCGCAUCCGGGACCAGAUCUGGGAUGUGUACUACAGACUCAACAUCCGGGAUGCCAUCAGCUUCGUAGACCAGGGAGGCCACGUCUUGUCGUCCACAGGGCUCACCCUGCCCUCGAUGCCCAGCCGCAAUUCAGUGGCAGAGACCUCUGUCACCAACUUACUGAGGGAGAGCGGCAGUGGAGCGUGUCUGGAUCUGCAGGUGAUUGACACGGUUCGCAGCGGCCGGGACCGGGAGGAUGCGGUGAUGCAUCACCUGCUCUGCGGAGGCCUCUACAAGCCACGGCGCAGGUACAAAGCCAGCUGCAGCCGUCACUUCAUCUCGGAGGACACACAGGAGCGCCAGGACAAAGAGGUCUUCCAGCAGAACAUGAAGCGGCGGCUGGAGUCCUUCAAGUCCACCAAGCACAACAUCUGCAUCACCAAGAGCAAGCCGCGCCUGCGUAAAGCUGGCCACAAGAAGAAGAAUGACGUGACUAACACGGGGACGACAAAUGGGAAGCCUCCUCGAGCCCUGGCCUUCCAGGACACAGCUGCUGUGAUAUUAACUGUGGAGUCAGAGGAGGAGGAGGAGGAGAGCGACAGUUCGGAGACAGAGAAGGAGGACGAUGAAGGCAUCAUCUUUGUGGCUCGGGCCACCAGCGAGGUUCUCCAGGAGGGCAAGGUCUCAGGGAGCCUGGAAGUGUGCCCGAGCCCACGCAUCAUCCCGCCCUCUCCAACCUGUGCGGAGAAAGAACUGCCCUGGAAGAGUGGGCAGGGGGACUUGGCAGUGUACGUGUCCUCGGAGACCACCAAGAUCGUGCCUGUGGACAUGCAAACAGGCUGGAACCAGAGCAUGUCAUCCCUGGAGAGCCUGGCCUCCCCGCCCUGUACCCAGGCGCCGACUGGGACCUACCUGCCUUCCCGCCCUCUGGCCGCUGAAGAGCCCCUGGCUCCUCUCGCCCUGCCUUCGGAUCCCCUCUCAAGCUUCGCCUUCCCCCCAAGCCUGGCCAAGGCUGGCCGGUCCCGUAGUGAGAGCAGCGCUGACAUCCCCCAGCAGCAGGAGCUGCAGCCCCUCAUGGGCCCGGAGGACCACACGCAUCUCAGCCCUGGUGCUGCCAGUUCCCGCUGGUGCAUCCAGUUUAACAAAGGGGGCCGGCUGUAG